UGCCCGAAAAGCCUUUCGGAUUUUAAAGGAAGAAAAUUAAUUCUCAUUUGUGUGUGGCAAUGGAUUUACAUGUAUUUACAGUCAUCGGUUAAGUUGUUUCUUUUUAAAGUUUAUAAAUUUGUUCAAAACUAUAGAAUAUAUAGAUGAUAAUUCUAUAGGAAGUAUUUUCAGCUGUUGACAUGUGUUGCGAUGAAAGAGUGAAGUGUCACAGAGUGAAUAAUUGUGUAAUUGUUGAUUAACAUAAUAACACAUCGCUGGAUAUUAACAGUUGCUUCACACAGUCAUGGAUUCCAACAACGGAACCGCUGGAAAACGGACCUCCCGUGCAGGUGAUGGGAGAGCCCACAUGACAGCAGAUGAAAUGGAUGAACAGAGGAAACAGAAUGUUGCCUACGAGUACCUCUGUCACUUAGAGGAGGCCAAAGUAUGGAUUCAGGCGUGCAUUAAUGAGGAAUUGCCCCCCACAACUGAGUUGGAGGAGGGGCUCAGAAAUGGGGUGUAUUUGGCCCAGCUGGGCCACUUUUUGGCCCCUCAGGUCGUACCCCUUAAGAAAAUUUAUGACAAAGAUCAGUCUCGAUAUCAGUCCAGAGGGUUACAUUUUCGACACACCGAUAAUAUCAACCAUUGGUUUGUUGCCAUGGAGAAAGUGGGCUUACCACAGAUAUUUUACCCUGAAACGACAGAUGUUUAUGACAGGAAAAAUAUGCCCCGAGUUAUCUACUGUCUGCAUGCUCUCAGUCUGUACUGUUUUAAACUGGGCAUUGCUCCUCAGAUUGAAGACUUGUAUGGCAAAGUUCAGUUCACAGAGGAAGAAAUCAGUGCCAUGAAACAGGAACUAGAGAAAUAUGGAAUUCAGAUGCCAGCCUUCAGUAAAAUUGGAGGAAUUCUUGCAAAUGAGAUGACUGUUGAUGAUGCAGCAUUACAUGCAGCUAUUAUUGCAAUCAAUGAGGCCAUUGACAAAGAGGAUCCCGAAGAAACCAUGAAGGCCCUUCGGAACCCCUCUGCUAUGUUGGUGAAUAUGGCUGAGGACCUUCCUGACAAUUACCAGACUACUCUGUAUGAGGCAAAAAUGACCAAAUCUGAAAUCUCUAGAAACAAGAGUUUGGAUCCUGAGAAUGCUGAGCAUGAUGUGUAUGAUGAGUUACUAACUCAAGCAGAAAUCCAGGGCAAUAUAAACAAAGUCAAUACAACUGUCAGUUUGGACAGACUAAUGGAUGCCUUACUGAAGGGUGAUAGGGCCCUAAUUCUACAGACCCUCAACUCUCCUAGCCUGGCCAUUAGAGGGGUACAGAACGAAAAUGUAGAUCAUUACGUCCAGCGACUCGAUGAGUUAAAGGACAUUAAGCAGAAUAACAAUAGCAAUGAAGUGGUGACCUUAGAAAAAGAGGAAAUCCAGCAAGCUGUGAACAAGGCGAACCUAGACGCUGACAAAGAGUACCAGAAAGCCCGGGCUGUAGAAUUGAUCAACGAAGCCAUUGACAGCUGUGAUGCGGAGCAGUUACUUAAAGCUCUUCAGAACCCCGCUGCACAACUUCCACCUGUGUUCGACUAUGCUUGCGCUCUGUACUUUGAGGAGUUCCACAACAUGCGAGAUGAGAAGCAGUCCGAGUUGGAUUAUGACGAGAUAUCGGCUGCUGUUAGAGUGCUUUCUGCAGUGGCAAAGAUAAAUGAAGCUAUAGAUGUGAGAGAUCCAGAGAGGACGCUCAAAGCCCUCACUUCUCCUGAGGCUUGUAUCCCUAACCUGGAUGAAACCAACGCUGAUAGGUACCAAACCCAGCUUCGGGAAAGCAAACAGGCCAAAUCCGAGAGUCCAUGUGACCUACUGACCCACUUCGAGAUUUGCACCUGCAUAGAUGUUGUUAAUGACCAGGUGAUAGAGGAACACCAGAGAAUCGAAGCAAUACAACAGAUAAACAACACUAUUGAGAAGGGGGACCCUGGGUUGACACUGAAGGCUUUACAGGUCCCCGAGGCCAAACUCCAGGCUGUUGUGGAUACCCAGGCCUACCGCUAUCAAGUGCUUCUUGUGCGGGAGAAAAACAAAAAAUCCGAGGGGCAUACUGAUGAAGAAGCUGAACUGUGGCUUGAGGAAAUUCAGACUGCAAUAGAUAAUGCCAAUAAAGAUGCACAGUUUGGACUUAAAUUGUCAGAGGGUGUAGAGAGCACAAAUGCUGCGUUGGACACAAGUGAUGCUGACAAGUUGUUAGAAAGCAUGGCCGUCCCUGAACUAGCCAUCCACAGUGUGAUAGCAGACUGUAAGGGCAUGUAUCUGGAGAAACUACAGGAGGCGCUGGAGGCCAAGAAGAGUCAAGGAGAAAGUGGGAGUGGUUGGAUGAUGAACCGACUGAAGGAUGGAUCCAAGUUCUACUUCAACACUAACACAAAGGAAUACAAGUGGUCCAGGCCAGAUGGAGUGGUCAAAGAUCAUGGGCAGCUAAAUAAGGAGGAAAUACAGCGGGUUGUGUCUGAUGUUACAGCAGCACACGACAGAGAACUUUUGUUUCAAGCCAAUGAAAACCUGAUCGUCAAAAUCCAGGCAAAUUACAGAGGCUAUCAGGCCAGAAAAGCUUACAAAGAAAGGCUGGACUUCAUGAAGCGACAGUUACCACUGAUUAUUAAAAUACAGUCCAAAUGGAAGAUGGUAUUACAGAAGAAUAAGUACAGGGAGAGGCUGGAAUACAUGAAGGAUAAUGAAAAAGCAGCAGUUAAGCUACAAGCUCAGGUGCGAGGCUGGAAAGCAAGGAAGGAGUAUCAGGGCAGAAAGAAAUUCUUCUGUGACCAUCUCGCAGUGAUUAUUAAGCUGCAGUCCUACUUCAGAGCCAAUAAAGCCAGGCAUGACUAUGUCACUCUCAUGAAUAAUGCUAAUCCACCAUUACCUGUAGUUCAGCGAUUCGUACACUUGUUGGAUUUCAGUGAUGUUGACUAUGCUGAGGAAAUAGAAUUACAGAAAAUCCGCCAGAAGGUUGUUUCUGAAAUAAAGUCCACCAAACAGCUCGAGGAUGACCUUGAUCAGAUGGACAUCAAAAUUGGCCUACUUAUUAAAAACCGGGUCACCCUACAGGAUGUUGUUACGCAUGGUAAAAAGUUGUCUAAACAUCGGGAGGAUGGACAAAAUAUGCCCAAGGGCCUGAAGGGCUUAAGCAAGGCCUGUCACGAUCGCCUGGAGGCUUACCAGCAUCUGUUUUAUCUACUGCAAACCAAUCCACUCUACCUAGCCAAGCUGAUCUUCGAGAUGCCCCAGAAUAAAAUGACAAAGUUCAUGGAGGCUGUAAUUUACUCUCUCUUUAAUUACGGAGCCAACCAGAGAGAGGAAUUCCUGCUAUUGAAACUGUUCCAUAAAGCUUUGGAGGAAGAAAUUGAAUCCAAGGUGGAUAAAAUGAGCGACUUUGUUACAGGAAACCCAUUAGUUGUCAAAAUGAUAGUCGGCUUCAACAGAAACCAAAGAGGACAGAAUUCCCUGAGAGAAAUGCUGAACCCCCUUAUAAUUGAGGUGAUCGAGGACAAGAAUUUGAGGAUAAACACUAACCCGGUGGAGGUGUACAAAGCAUGGGUCAACCAGACAGAGACCUCCACAGGUGUAACCAGUGGUUUACCAUAUGACGUUACAACGGAGCAAGCACUCAAGCAUGAGGAGGUCAAAGCUGUCUUGGCUGAGUCCAUUACACGUCUAACGGAAGUCACCGAUAAAUUCCUGAACGCAAUCUUCACAUCACUUGAUAAAAUUCCAUAUGGAAUGCGUUAUAUGGCAAAAGUGCUCAAAGCAGCUUUAGAAAAGAAAUUUCCUGAAGCUGCAGAAAAAGAUGUUCUAAAGAUUGUUGGGAACUUGCUGUACUAUAGAUAUAUAAACUCUGCUAUUGUGGCACCUGACGCAUUUGACAUAAUUAAUGUGGAGGCGGACAAGCAGCUGUCCAAUGACCAACGAAGAAACCUGGGAUCUGUGGCCAAGAUUCUGCAGUUUGCUGCAUCAAACAAAGGGACAUCGUUUGAACAUUAUUCAGAAGAUCAUACAAAAAGUCUGGAACUGAUCUCCAGGUUAUACAAACACUUUUUAUCUCACGACUUCCAGUUUGGUGGUGACAGCUCCUAUUUGGCAGCCAUGAAUGAUUACAUCAGACAAUCUCAUGAAAAAUUCAAGAAAUACUGUGUGGAGGCCUGUGACGUCCCAGAGCCCGAGGAUUUCUUUCACAUUGACCAGUAUUCCGACAUAGUCACCAUUGCUAAACCAUCCAUAUACAUCUCUGUUCAAGAAAUUAUUGACACUCAUCAGUUGCUACUACAUCAUGAGGAUCAGAUAGCUCCAGAUCCCCAGGAUCCAAUUCACGAACUCCUCGAGGACCUUAGAGAGGUCCCCAGUGUGGACGAACUCCUAGGUACGGACCUCCCCGAGGAUGAAGAAAUGCGGAAGAUGUUACAGACCCAGCUAGGAAAGACGGAGAUCUCGCUUACCCUCAGCAAUAAGUUCGAGGUUCCGGAGGAUGACCAGGCCGAUGUCCAACAACUGCUUGUCAGGACAAAGAGAAUGGUGGUGGACGUGAUCGCCUGUCAGACCGGUGAUAACCUACUACAGAUCCUGGACAGCCCGGCAUCAGAGGAACAGGAAGAACUGCAUCAGUCAUUGGUGAAGAAGAGAGAUGAUAGGGACCAUAGAGCUAAGAUUGACAGUGAGGGCGGAUUGAUGCGACAGCAGAGCAUGUCUGGCGAUACUCGAAUGCCACUUAGCAUGAUGAAAACAAAGGUCAAGAAGAAUCUACAAAACUUGGAGCUCCAUGAAGUAGUCACUCGCAAAAAUGGUUACCAAGAUCUUGUCAACAUGAUUGCACAGGACAUUCGAAAUCAAAGAAAUUACAGAAACAGUAGAAAGCACGAACUGAUGAGAGUGAGAGAAACAGUCAGAAGCUUGCAGGAGAAGAGGAUGUUUUAUGAAUCUCAGAUUGACUACUAUAAUCGAUAUGUUCAAAAGUGCAUUGAGAAUCUCCAGCAAAAGGGAAAUAAUAGGAAGUCCAGAGGUAUUUUCAGAAGAGAUGCUUCACAGAAAGCACAUUUUGAAUCGCUGAAAUACAGUGCAGCUAAGCUUCACGAGAAAGGAAUUAUUCUUGAAAUUGGCACACUGCCAACCAAUCAGUUUAAGAAUAUGCAGUUUGAGAUCAAAGAAACAGCGGAUCCUGGCGUGUUUGAAGUUCAGGCCAAAUUAUUAGGAAUGGAGGUCAAAAAGAUUGACCUAGUCUUCCAGGACUUGCUGCAGCUACAGUAUGAGGGAGUGGCUGUAAUAGAACUGUUCAACGACGCCAAGGUCAACGUCAACCUGCUCAUCUUCCUUCUGAACAAAAAAUUUUACAGUGCUGGAAAAUAAUCCUUACAAGAUGUUCAGGAAUUCCCAAAAGAACUUGGAAAUAUUCUUGCUUUUUCUAUGUGCAAUAAACUGUUGGAACUUGUGUCCAACAUCAUUGACUUGUCACGGAUUGUAAUGCUUUGACACUGUGAUGGGAAGACUGCAGUUCUCCCAAGUGAAACAUGUUAUGCUGCAUUGUGUGAGACCAAGGACAGCCAACACUGAGCCCUUCUUAGCUUUAUUUUAUGCAAUUUUAAAUUACAUGCUACAUGGUCAUGAAUAUUUAUAUCCAGUAUUUAAAUAUCAUUCUUUAAAUAUAUGUAAACUGCAUGUAGAUCUGCUUUUGCAAAGAACCUUUAGUUUGUUUUACAAUCUGGUAACAAGAGUUACUUAUUGCCAGUAAUAUAUGUUAUAUUUCUUAAUAUUUGCCAAACUUUUACUAGAAGUAGAGAUUUGAUUUUUGUAAAUUGUUUGGGUACCGUUUUGAUGAGGAAGUAGAGUACAUUUUAGCUAAUUGGAUAUUGUCUUGAAUUGUAAUAUUUAUAUAAAUAGAAGAAUUCCUUAUAUUGGAAGGCUGUAAUGUGUUCAAUCAAAAAUGAUUUAUUUUUUGUUUUUAGAUAUGAACAGAUACAUGUACUUGUAUUUUUCACAGUAUAGUAAAUCUCAGCUUGCAGAAUCUCUUAUAUUAAAUGCAGUGUUUCGUUCAGUUGUUAAAGCCUAGGAUUUAACACUUUAUUAAUAAUUUUGAAUGGAAUAAAUUUUUUAGUAAUUUAAUAAUAUUACUAUCCUAUCUUCAUUAUAGAACGAUUUUUUUUUUUACAUUAAACUUCUACCACCAGGGCAAGAAAAUUCAAAGUUUGAUUUAAAAAUUUGAACUUUAAACAUGUUGGAAAGUAUAUAGUGUUGUCUCUUUCUUUAGCUCUAGUCUAUGGUCAUUAAUCUUAUGACCUACAUAUUUGGACCAAUAUUUGUAACACAUUCCACUGCAUUUAAAACUGUGUGCUGACUCAAUAUUAUGACAGUAGUAUUGGUUAUCAUACAGGGGUUUUGUCCUUUUUUAAAACACCAUUUCCUUUUUUUUUAUAUUAUACAUAACAUGUGCUAUGAGGACUCUAUUCAUACUGCCCUGUAUCUUUCUAAAAAUAUUAAAAAUGACAAAUGGUCAUUGGAUACAUUUGUCUGUUAAGAAAUAUGUAUUGCUCCUCUGCUGUACUUGUUACAAUGAACAAAUCAUGUAUACGAAAUGUCAUCUCCUACAGUCUUUUAAUGGUGCUAUUUCAGUGGCAUGGAUCAGUUUUAUUCAACAAUAAAUGACACUGUCAACCUG